UCAACUGCUGACACUUCGUUGGACGAUGACAUCGUCUAUCCUACCGGUCUACGAUUCUGGCUCAUCAUGCUUAGUGUAUAUGCCGUGACCAUUCUCACAGCCAUCGACAUGAACAUCGUCGCGACCGCAGUACCGGUAUUGACGGACUACUUCCACACCGUUGUCAACGUCGGCUGGUAUGCCACUGCCUUUCGGUUGUGUUAUUGCGCCUUUCAAUUCCUGUUCGGCAAAGCAUAUACAUUGUUUCCCAUCAAGCCUGUCUUCGUGCUAUCCAAUGUCAUCUGGAUCCUCGGCGUCACUCUUUGCGGCGCGGCUGCCUCACCGAAUAUACUCAUCGCUGGGCGAGCCAUUGCUGGUCUAGGGACUGCUGGUCUCAUGGCUGGAAAUGCUCUCAUCAUCGUUCGGUCCAUACCUCUACAUAAGCGUCCCUUGUUUCAGGGCCUGCAAGCUGGCAUUGAGGGAGUCUCCGUGCUUGCUGGUCCCUUGUUGGGCGGCGUUAUCACGCAGUAUGUGGAUUGGAGGUGGUGUUUCUACAUCAAUCUGCCUUUUGGAGGUGCAUGUCUUAUCUUCAUCGUGUAUUGCUUCACCGACGCCACACCACGCAAGGUCAGCGGGGGACUGUUACAGAAGCUCGUGGCACUCUUUUUGGCGCUUGCGUGGGCAGGCACAGAGUAUGCCUGGAAUAGCACCACCAUUAUCGGACUCUUUGUCGCCUUCGCUGCCCUCUUCGUCGUGUUUGUCGUGAAUCAACACAAGCGUGGAGAUGCUGCAGUGCUUCCGCUCCGACUGUUCCGGCGGCGCAGUGUUGUUGCCACACUGAGUUUCGCAUGUCUUCUCAACAGCGCGGGAAAUGUCCUUGACUAUUACUUACCAACAUAUUUCCAAUCCGCGCAUGAAUACUCACCCGCCCAGAGCGGAUACUUGAUGAUUCCCAUCAUUAUCGGCGGAACGCUUGGCGCUAUUGGACAAGGUGUUGGCACCAGUAUCACAGGUCAAUACGGACCAUUCAUGCUCGGCGCCUCUGUAUCCAUGUGUACCGCGUGUGGACUGAUAACAACCUUCAGCCACGAUACGAGUCUCGCGAAGCUCAUAUUGUACACGGCGUGGUCUGGCCUGAGCUACGGAAGUGGUAUAUGUGUCAACCCCAUAGCAUUGCAGGCGAUACUUCCGGAUCAGGACAUUCCCAUUGCGAUGUCGACCUUGCUUUUCAUGGAUUCUGUCGGUCCUGCUAUUGCCAUCGCCAUCGCUCAGGUCAUCUUCACAAACGGUCUUUCGAUCAAUCUCGCAGGCGUUUCGGGUUUUGAAAAUGUCAGCAUCGGAGAAAGUGGACUCACGCAAUUCGUCAAGAACGCGCAGGUUUCACAAAAGGAGGCUGUGCUUGACGCUGUCGCACAGAGCAUGUCUCCCCUGUGGUAUCUUGUGCUUAGUCUGGCAUGUACAACGAUAUUCGGUGCAUAUUUGACAGAAUGGCGUUCGCUCAAGAAAGAGGAUCCUGAGACCACAUGAGAGCUAUGAGAGGAUUUAGCUUUGUGAUUGCUAUCUUUAAGGGUCCCAAAUGAUUAAAAUCGCUGGCCCGUUCAUCGUCGCCUUCAGUGUGAAGCAAAUGACCCAACUACACCUUCACUCCGAGGGGCAACGCCGCGUCUUCAAAGGUCGCUUCCGGUCAAGGAUAAAGGAAUGGUGUCCAACCAGAAAUGCCUGCGAUUGCGACAAUUGCUCAAUGUUUGUCGGCAGCUCUGCGAGCACCGCUUAAUUGAUCUCGGGAAAUGCCGCUUCUUUCACAGAGGUUAAAGAACUUGCCCCUCCUAUCAAAAAGAGCCCCAGGCGUAUCAAACUCGGCGACCCGACCCAAAUCCAUAACCAGGAUCCGAUCGUAGCUAUAUAACGUCAAUUUGACCUGACCCCGUGAGAAAUGAGUGAGCGGACAGAGAAUGACUUACCCUAGAAUAGUGUCCAAGCGGUGCGCAAUGCAUAUCACCG